CUAUGGCUUUGCACGGGUAUAGACCCUGCUAUUGGUACCACCAGAUUCGGUGGAAGCCUAUGUCCGGGGAGGGGCCCUGGAUUAUGGCUAUACUCAACUACGACGGGGGAGAUGAGCUAAGACUGAGGAUCAACGUGGAGGGAGGAAAAGAGGAGGAGAUGCGGACUGAUGGAAAGCUACAUGAUGCUAUCACGGAGAUGAACGACCGUGUGGAGAGGCGCUGCACGAGGGACGGCGUGACAGCGAAAAUGCAAGGAUACGAGAACGAGACCUCGAUGGACACGACGGACUGGGAGCAGGCCCACCUGGAGCGGGACUCAGGUGGGGAGAGCGAGAUGAGCGAGGCGGAGGACCGGGAGACGGACCUCAGGUCCUGGAUCAGACCAGGCGAGAUCCAGAGGCACCAUCGAGUCGCGAAACCGGUGGAAGAGGGACCUGAGGCCAGCUCUCGACAGCUGACGCCCAGAGGCCGCGGGACUGGUAAAAGACAGAGCAGGGGGAAAAGACAGGUCGGAGAAGACGCGAGAGAGAGAGGGUGAUCGGGACUGAACCCGAAGCGGGGAGGCUGAGGCAAGGGCAGUUGCACGGACACACGUGCGACAGGUGGCGUGCCCUGGAGAGCGAGAGCGUGGUCGACGAAAACGGGACUGAGCAAAAAGGGACGAGUUGAGGGUGUCGAGAGAAGGUCAACAGAGAGAGAGGAGAAAAACUGUGUGUGCGUGUCACGUGGGAGAGUCGGAGCUGACGUCAAAAUGAACGUUGGAGAACGAC